AUGACCCCUGACUUCCCUGACAAAGUUAUUAAGAGCAAUGAAGAUUUGGCUGAAAAGAUUAGCAAGCAAGCAACCGAAGCGAUGCAUAAUGUGCUUAAUCAGUCAGACACGAAAAUGGAUCAGAAAUUAGAUUCACAAUUUGAACAGCGACAAACAGUAAUCGAAACAUUAGAACAAUUGAAUACAACGGAAGUGUAUGAAGAACCAUUCAUUAGAAUAUAUGUGCGACCACUUUGCGAAGGAAAUGUUUGUUAG